CCCCUUAUGACGCCUCCAUUUUGGACUUCCUUGUUGAGAAUUAGAUAACGGUUUUGGGCGACGAAUGGAUGAUUCAAUGUCACUCUUGAGUCUAUACGUCCAUGAUUCUGUUCAGCCUUUUUCUGAGAAAACCAGCAGAGUAGGCAGGAAGCAGUAUAUCCAAGAUGGCUACUAGGGAUGAUAAUUCUAGUGUGUUAGACUCUGCUAGUAGUUCCAUAUCUUAUGUCUACCCCCCAGAUAUAGCCUACAGUCACCUCAUACAAGAAAAUUCCCAGCUGAAGGAAACCAAUCAGGAUUUGCGACUAAAAGCUAAUGCCCUGCAAGAGUUUGCCAACCUUUACCAAACUGCCCAAGAGGAAUUAUCCAGCAAGGAUAAGCUCAACACACAACUGGUUAAGGAAAAUGAAAAACUGAAGGAAAAAUUAGCAAGGAAAAAUGACAGUGCUGAAUUGAGUCUCAUCGAUGAUGAUAUCCAGAAUCCAGUAGUACUAAAGGAUGUUAGAAAAGAAAAUGCAGAGUUGCGACAGUUUGUGCUAGAGCAAGGAGGCAAUCCAUUUGACACUGAAUGCUACAUCCAGAAAAUUCGUGAACAAACAAGAACGAUUGAUAGACUGGAAAAAACUAACAGAGAGCUAAAGGAAGAGAUUACCUCGAUAAGCAGCAAAAUUACGCAACCAGAAGAUACAAUUAGGCUCCCACAACAGAGUCGGCAAUCCCAACUGCAACGAAAAAUCACUGAACUAGAAAGAAGGAAUGCAGCAAAGGAUACACUAUGUAGUUCUUUAACAGAGGAAACUGAUCGAUUGAAGUAUCAAUUGAAGGAGACGUCGGAGAAAUGUGAGACUCUGAUCAAAAAGCUGGACAAUAAAGACUCUUUACAAGGACUUUCUGGUAGACGUGAUUAUACUGCACCUCCAACAAAACAUCAAGAUAUCAUGGCUGAGAGUAACAAACUACAAAAGACCAGGGUAGAAGGUAAAACUGAAACUGAUGAUGUGACGUUGUUAAAUGCGAAGAUAAGAGACUUGGAGGAAGAUAAUCGUAAAAUGAAAGAGAAACUGAAAGAAGUGGUAGAAAUGAACACCAGAUGGCAGCAUUAUAAUAAACAACGAGACCAGUUUGUAACUAAACUGAAAGACGAGAAAGCAAUUCUGAAAUCUAGAAUUGAGGAAAAAGAAGAUCCAAGCAGGAUUACAUGGGCAGAGAAAGAAAAGAUGGACAUGGUCUUGUUAGAAUCAAAAAAGAAAAUUGAUGAUUUGGAAAAGGAACUAAACAAGACACAAAUUGAUAACUUUAAGCUCAAGGAGAGUUGUUUCAACCAGAAGAGUGUUAUAGAAGCCCUCAAUGAGAGAGUGAACACACUGGAAGAAGAGCUAGAGGGGAAAGGCUUAAGAGGCACUAAUAUGCAGAGUAUAGGCAAAGUGGAGGCACUAGAGCAUCAGGUUGAACUUUUUCGUCAAGAUUUUGAAUCAGAACGGCGAGAUCGAGAGAGGGCCCAGGCAACAAUAGAGACCUUACGUGAAGAGCUGGCUAUUGCCAACAGACUCCUUGCAGACUUUCAGGCAGGCACCAUGGCCCAGAUGAAUGCUACGAGGAGUGUGGCCCUCAGAAAUCUCGAGGACUCCUACAUGGAUAAACAACGAGGGAGGCAAGUGCAGUAUGCACUGCAAGAGCCAUCACUGUUGGCAAGAGGAGGGCAGAAUAUGGAUUAUACAAGACAUGCAGACUUCACCAACGAAGCACCCUGGAUGAAUAAUCAAGCCGCCUACUCACCAAUGAAUCUCCAACGUAAUGUUACAGCUGACCGUGCUCGUAACGUCACUAGGGGGUCAAACAUCAAAAAUGAAGCUACUGAUGCUGAUGAUGACGAAGAAGGUUAUGAUGAGGUGGACUCUGGAGUACAUGACACUCAUAAUGGAGAUUUCCAUCUGGACUCUUUACCAAUCACAGGGAAUGAUUAUAUAAAGUCAAAUAAUUAUACAACAAAAAUCUCCCAGAACAAUUUGAAUGGAUAUGAGACGAAAACGCGGAAGUCAGGAAAUGACUAUUAUAGUAAGGAUAGUAUCAUGGAUAGCGAUGAUAUGCAGUGUCCUAAAUGCCAUAAAUCUUAUAGACCACAUUUAGCUGCUAACCUGCUAAAACAUAUUGACCUUUGUUGUAACUAAUGUGGCCAUUUUGAAAAUACAUGAAAUAUUUGUAUAUACAGUAGUUAAGAGAUUGAUAUAUAUAUGGAAUACUCCAUGUGGAGCUACUGAGUAUUUGCCAAAGUCCCAUUUGGGCAUAACAGGAUAUAUUGAAGGUAUCAGGUUAAAGAUGUGUAACCCUCUCAGUUAAGCUGACAUUUCUUGCAAGCCUAUUGCUGUCUUGGUAAAUGGUUGCUAUAACCAAUUAUAAACUAUCAAUACUAUGCCAAAAUAUGAAAAACUAGGUCUUUGAAUGUACAAUAAUAUUUUCUCAUUAUACGAUUGGAAAAUAGAUAAUUUUUAGUUUUAGCAACCAUAUCAAGAUACCAAUGGGGUUGGUAAUUACUUUAAAUAUAUCUCAUUUCCUUCCAAGUCCUACUUUCUGUGUAAAUAUUUUUCUUUAUAAGACGUUUAAAAUGUAAAUUGCAAUGGGCUUACUACAUGUACUAUAAUUUUUAUUGUUGAUUUAUGCAGUUGUUAUAAUUUUGUUAAUGUUGUUUUACAUUUCA